GCCGUCCUGCGGGGCGCCGGCGGCGAUGGGUUGGGGAAAUGGACGCCUGGAGAACGGAAAUCCAGUUAUCAAAAUGGACUCGGGAAGAGAGAACCUAACAGAACAAUAACAAUGGAAGAAAUUGGGAACAUUAUCACAAAGCUAUCAUCCUGCCAAACUCCAGGCUCAGAUGAUGUCACAGGUUAAAAAAUGCCCUUCAUGAAAAAGAUCUUAAGCAACAUGAUAGAUUCAGAAGCUCAUGAAAAGAGGCCACCAAUACUUGCAUCUUCAAAACAAGAUAUAUCACCUCAUAUUACAAAUGUUGGUGAAAUGAAGCAUGACUUGUGUGGCUGCUGUGCAGCCUUCAACAACGUCACAAUCACAUAUCCCGUUCAGAAGGUCCUCUUUCGACAACAGCUGUAUGGCAUCAAAACCCGGGAUGCAGUACUUCAGUUGAGAAGGGAUGGAUUUCGAAAUUUGUAUCGUGGAAUCCUUCCCCCAUUGAUGCAGAAGACAACUACACUUGCACUUAUGUUUGGUCUGUAUGAGGAUUUAUCCUGCCUUCUCCGCAAGCAUGUCGGUGCUCCAGAGUUUGCAACCCGUGGCGUGGCGGCAGUGCUUGCAGGGACAACAGAAGCAAUUUUCACUCCACUGGAAAGAGUUCAGACAUUGCUUCAAGACCACAAGCAUCAUGACAAAUUUACCAACAUUUAUCAGGCUUUCAAGGCACUGAAAUGUCAUGGAAUUGGAGAGUAUUAUCGAGGCUUGGUGCCCAUUCUUUUCCGGAAUGGACUCAGCAAUGUCUUGUUUUUCGGCCUUCGAGGUCCCAUUAAGGAGCAUCUGCCUACCGCAACGACUCACAGUGCUCAUUUGGUCAAUGAUUUUAUCGGUGGAGGUCUAUUGGGUGCCAUGUUGGGAUUCUUGUGUUUUCCAAUUAAUGUUGUAAAAACUCGCAUACAGUCUCAGAUUGGUGGGGAAUUUCAGUCUUUCCCCAAGGUUUUCCAAAAAAUCUGGCUGGAACGGGACGGAAAACUGAUAAAUCUUUUCAGAGGUGCCCAUCUGAAUUACCAUCGGUCCCUUAUCUCUUGGGGCAUAAUCAAUGCAACUUAUGAGUUCUUGUUAAAGUUUAUAUGAAAAAAAACCAUCAGUUAAGUGCCAUUUAUCAACUGAAUAGACCUUCUAAGAAGAAUGCAGUUUGGCCUCUUUCUUAAUUGGCUAAAUACAAGUUCGUGUCAUAACUCCAGGCCACAGUGAGUUACGGGCAAAGCUGUUUUCCUUAGGCAUCAACAAAACAGAAUAAAAGGUUCCAAUAGGAAAAUAUAAGGGUUUUUUUUGUUUUGUUUUCUUUUUCUUUUUCUUUUUUUUUUUUUUUAUCAUUACCUAAGAGCUUUAGGCUAAUUGUCUGGUAAAUAGCUGUCCAUCUGAUGGCCUUUGACAGGGAACCUAAUCCCCAAGAUAAGAUUCUUUUUCUCAAACCAGUCUUGAAAUCUCCUGCAUUAAAACAUAAGUUGCUAUGACGGGCCAGAGAGAAGGUCCUCAGGGGCCAGGGGCUCCUCAGGCUUCCUUUGUUACUCCAUUGCUUUCUUCUGUGCCCUCAGGAGCAGCUGCAGAGGAUAGUCUUCAUUAAGCUCAAGCAUAUGACAAAGGGGCAGAACAGAGAAGAAAAACAGCUUAUUAUGUAGAGGCUUUUCAUGAUACAUUGCUUGUAUUAGUUUUGAAACUAAUCACCUAUUGGAUAGUCAUUAUACUAUUUCUAUUUAGAUAUGGUAGAUCAAGGAGCUAUGAAAGUUCCCGUUUUGCUUUCUAGGUUUGAAAGUUUUCUGUUUGAUUCUGACCGUGACCUUCAACCCUUCCAAAAUAUUCUUAUGUUAAUUUCACUUAUUUCAUUGCUGAAAGAUGAAGGGACUUAAAUUUUGUUAUAGGUGUUCCAUCCUGUUAAGAAGUUUUCAUAUUGUGUAUAGAUCAAAUUCUGUUUAGCUUGGUUUCUUUGAGUUAUUGAUGCCAUCUCAGCAAAGGUCUGUGGUUAUUUUUCCCGUGGAGUAGGAGUUGGUCAUAUUCAAGCAUCCUGUUCUCUUAAAACUCUCCUUUUAAAAAAUAAACACUUCCAUAACA